GGGGACAUUUGGAUAUGUGUGCUCUUAUAGGUGGCGCAUGUUUCUAUCCAAUCAAACGUUGCCUACUGGUCAGUUUGCUGACGUUUUUACAGUCAAUUAAAUAAAGGUUUUACUGGAGUAUAACUUGAAGUGCCUCGACCAAGGGCGCAGUGGUGAUUAUAUGGAUCAUCCCAUGUGGGGUUUAAAUCUAAAACCUUUUGGUUACCAGCUCAUAUAUAUUUAACUACUAGGUCACACCAUCCCCGUCUUUUGGAACCGCAGAGCGCGCAACAGGACUCCGGCGUUUCCAUUUACGCACGAAGAACCGCACUUUUUAACGCGUUGGACUGCUAUCGUUUUUGAUGAAUCUAACAAUGGGGCACUUGAGCAACACAUCUGCAACCAAAAACUCCACCGACCCCUUCGGCCGAGACGAAGAAGUCGCCAAAAUCGAGAUCGCGGUCCUGAGCGUCACGUUCGUGGUGGCCGUGAUCGGAAACUGCAGCGUCCUGGUCGCCAUCCACAACACGAAGAAAAAGAUUUCACGCAUGCAUCUGUUCAUUAAACACCUCAGCCUGGCCGACCUGGUAGUCGCGUUUUUCCAGGUGUUACCACAGUUAUGUUGGGAAAUAACAUUCCGUUUCUACGGACCGGACAUUCUGUGCCGGAUCGUGAAGCACCUGCAGGUGAUGGGCAUGUUCGCAUCCGCCUACAUGAUGGUUAUGAUGACACUAGACCGCUAUAUCGCCAUCUGCCACCCGCUGAAGACCCUCCAACAGUCCACACGGAGGUCCCGCAUCAUGAUCGGCGGCACUUGGAUCAGCAGUCUGGUCCUCAGCACCCCUCAGUACUUCAUCUUCUCCCUCAGUGAGAUCGAGAACGGGUCUGAGGUGUACGACUGCUGGGCGCACUUCAUCCAGCCGUGGGGUGUCCAGGCGUACAUCACCUGGAUCACAGUGGGGAUAUUCCUGAUCCCAGUGAUCAUAUUGAUGAGCUGUUAUGGAUUCAUAUGUCACAGCAUCAGGAAGAACAUCAGAUGUAAAACUGCAAAGGCGCUGGCGGAUGGAGUGCGUAAGAGCGGGUUGGUGGGGAAGAACUCGGUCAGCAGUGUGAGCGUCAUAUCCAGAGCGAAACUGAGAACCGUCAAAAUGACUUUUGUGAUCGUUCUGGCUUAUAUCAUCUGCUGGGCGCCGUUUUUCAUCGUGCAGAUGUGGUCGGUCUGGGACAAGAACUUCAGCUGGGUUGAUUCAGAGAAUAUGGCCGUCACUCUGUCGGCGCUCCUCGCCAGUCUGAACAGCUGCUGUAACCCGUGGAUUUACAUGAUCUUUAGUGGGAAUCUCCUGCAUUAUUUCACCCACUGCUUUCCCUGCUGUCACAACCUCCCCCAGAGUUUCAGGAAAGAAGUUUUGGACAGCAGUAUACAGAGAAAGUCCCUAUUAACUCAAAUCACCAACCGUAGCCCGACCUGCAGCUCGGGCAACUGGAAAGAGUUUGACCAUUCCCUGAAAUCCAAUAAGUCAACUUUAGCAGAAACGUGACACAGACGGCCCAUUAAUAUGAGAAUUUAUUGCUUGCCACUUUGGUGAGAAUCAUCACACGGUAGCAUGAUGUGGAAUGCGGGGUUAAAGUGGUUUACAAAACGGAUCGUUCCAGAACUGGACGCUGAUUGGUCAGUGAUUGGAACUGCUCCUAGAGCUUUCAAGCCACAUUCGCCAAAAUUGGCACAUAUCUUCAGAUUGCUCUGAUUUAGCAUGCUGUGACUUUUCUAGCUGAUCGGAUGAAUGGUUUUCACACAACGGAGCAUCAAAAUCUCAAAAUAAUCCUAUUGAUUUACAUUGACGGAAUGUUUAAAUCCCAAAAAUCAUGCACCAAAAAAGUUUAAAAGUUGACAAGUCUGUUUAUUGACCCAUCCUAUCUGUGCACAAUUAUAUGGUUAGUUAUGCUGUCUUGAAAAAGCCAAAAAGCCAACAAACACUUUAGGCUUAUACAAAUAUAGGCUUAGAUUUUUCCAAAAUCCCUUAACAAAGACCAAAAUGAUUAAAUGGAACUCCUUCCAGAACUUUCAAGCUACACCCACCAAAUUUGGUACAAACCUUCAAACUGUUCGAACGUAGCAUGCUGUGGAUUUUGGGACUGAUCUGAGUUAUGGUUAUCGCACAGCGGAUGAUCGUAAAUCCAACAAAUCUCAUUGGCGUAUAUUGACGGAAUGUUCAAAUCCCAUUGAUUUGCAUUUAAACUUGAAAUCCGGCAUUCAAAUCAUAAAAACCCCACUGACCUGCAUAGACAGAAUUGCUCCUUAAGAGAAAUUAAAACAGAAACAUAUCAAAUGAAUGUGAAUAACGUGGCUCAGAUCGUUUGCUCUAGGGAGAAUGUGAUGAGAAAGUUCACUCUGAGAUCUCUGACUUUAUUGUCUUAGCACAGUUUGAGACAUUGUUGUGGUCUCUUUUGAAACUCAAGAGGAGACAUGUGUGAGAUUACUGGGGUCUUUUUUUCCAGGACGUCAUUGCCAUUAACUUCAUUGCUCUCUAGGCUGCCAUAGAGUGUUUGGAACGACAUUACGUUGAGUACAUUUGGAAAGAAUUAACAUUUUGGUGAGAGUUGUUCUUUUAAGUAUAGACAGUCCGUUGGGGAAACCGGGGGGAAAUGCAGUAAAUCUCAAAGGCACAAUAGUCCGUAAGGCAUUUCCUCUGAUAUGUGUCUACUUAAGCCUGAGGCGAGAUUUACUUUGUCCCCAAUUAUGGCCUUCCAGGGCCAAAACAAACCAGACACCUGCUGUCUGGGACAAAGCCCAUAACAUGCAUAUAUAAUUCACACAGUCACUGUAACCAAAAUAUAUUCAUUUCCAAAGAAUAAAUUAAUGUUGCACUAAAUAAAACAUAGGAAAUGGUGUGCUUUUUCAUAUAUUAUUGCAAUGUUGGUCAUUUACAGGCCGCACUGAGCAAUCUGGACAUGCUCUUCUUUUGUGGCAACAUAUUAGUCAUAUUAAGCAGUGGUUCUCAACUGGGUUUGCAUUGGACAUCAGUUGGUGACCUGACACCGUACCAGAAUUGCUUGUAUUGUUUACAAACGUAAACAAUAAUUCAUUAAAAACAAACAAUGUAUAAAUAUGUAUUUCAUUUCACAUAGUUUUGCUCAUUUUCAAGUUGACAUCAGUUUAAUCUGACGAGCUUCUACCAACUGACUGAUUAAUUAUGUAGCGUUUGAUUAGAUGAACUGCCAGUGACAUCAACAAUAAAAGAUAUAUAAAGUGAUUUUUAUUCCAUUUUAAAGCUAUCCGAACUAUGAACAAAUAUGUGGCUGGUUAUGUUCUACACUUCAGGCUUAUUAGGGUUUUUCCUAAAUCCCUUAACGAAGACCAAAAUAAUUAAAUGGAAUUUAUCCCAGAGCUUCCAGCCGACAUCCACCAAACUUGGCACAGACCUUCGGAUUGUUCUGACUUAGCAUGCUAUGAAUUUUUUAACUGAUCAGAGGAAUGGUUUUCUCACAGUGGAUGAUCAAAAAAAUCCCAUUGAUUUACAUUGACGGAUUGAUCAAAUAAAAAUAAAACAAUCACGCACAGAAAAACUUUAAGUUGAUUAAGUGUAUUUAUUUAGCUAUUCUAACAUUGCACAAUUAUAUGGUUAGUUAUGUUGGCUUAAAAAAAUCCAAAAAGCCAACACCCACUUUAGGCUAAUUCGGGAGUUUCCAAAAUCCAUAAACCAAGACCAAACGAUUAAAUGGAACUUACCCAAGAGCUUUCAAGCUACAACCACCAAACUUGGCACAACUCUUCAGAUUGUUCUGGCUUUGCAUGCUGUGACUUUUUAAACUGAUCGGACAUAAGGUUGUCGCACAGCCGACAAACAAAUAUUUAAACAAUCCCAUUGAUUUACAUUGAGGGAAUCUGUAAGGUCUGUUAAACCUUAAAACCUCAAGCAUUAAUUUUAUCUUAUUUUUUAACUUUCAGACCAGGCUAUGUCAAGCCAACAUCAAAGUACGUCUUAACAAACUUUACCUGGUGUAGUUACAUUACAUUAAACUGUAUGUAUUUAACAUGGUUUUCCCAUGCUGUCCGUGACCCUGUUAGAACAGAUCUGCAACCAAUUUGUGGAUUGCAACCCUCCAGUUGAGAACCACUGGAAUAAAUGAAUGUUUUCAAUGGACCAAGCAUGUAUCUACUGGCCUUUUAUUGGGAUUGCAUUUUUUUCAGGUGUGUUAAUGUUAUUUUUGUACAUAUAUUGAGAUAUUAUAGAAGUAAAGUGUGUUUUGUUGUACAUAUUGACAUUGUAAAUGCAUGCACAACUGUAACAGAUGAUAAUAGUUUUCUUUAUAAUAUCAGAGGGUGUAUAUUUGUCUUGUGUUAGUUCAUUAAAAUUGGCUAAAGUAAAUAUUAUUGAAUGUCUAAAAUGUUCAGCAUUGUUGUGCCGAUUUUACUGCCAACCUUAAAUAUGUUGCACCACUCACGAAUGUCUCCAUGUAUCCAUGUGCCAAAUCCAAUAAAUCA